UUGAAUUCGCUGCAGAUGGAGGAGCUGACCGAGGCAGAGGAUUGUGCAGGAGUUGGCUUGCAUCGACGCCGCAGCAGCAGCAACAGCGCCACCCAGCCACAGGCACAGCCACAGGCACAGGCACAGCUCCAGACUGGGCCACAGACACCGGCCAAGGCGCCGGCCAAGGGGCCGGCAGUGGCCAGCAGCCAGCCCAUUGCUCCGAUGGCCAGCUACUCGGAGAAGGCGGUGGGCAGCUCGCCGAAGCGCUUGGUUCACACCAUGAGCUCGCCCAUUGAGCCGAUCGGGACGUGCAGCGUGUCGCGGGAGCAUGUGCUCAAGCAGGAGAUCGAGCAGCUGCAGGAGCAGCUCAAGGACACGGAGGAGCGGCUGGCGUCGGUGCGGCUGCAGAGCGAAUCGCUGUCGCAGACGCAGCGCGCUCUGCGCGAGCAAAACAGUCGGCUGCAGGAGGAGUCCGAGAUGCUCAAGCUGGAUGUGCAGCAUCUGCAUGAGUGCGCCGGCGUGCUGCGCAACGAGCUGCAGUCGGCACGCCGGGAUCGGGAUGAGGCGGUGCAGCUGGAGCGCUCGUUGCGCAGCGAACUGGAGGAGGUGCAGCAGGAGCGGCGACUGGCGGCCGAGAGCAAGGAGAAGGAUGCCCGCAUCAUACAGGACUUGCAGCGCCAGUGCCGCGAAAUGGAGCGCAUCCUCAUGCGCAAGCAUCCCGACUCGGUGUCGGCUCUAAUAGUUGCCUCGAAGAGCACGACCAUGAGUUCGCUGAACGACCAGGAGAACAUGAGCAGCCGCAAGCUGUUGGAGCAGCGCAUCGCACAGCUGGAGUCGGACGCCAAGGAGCAGGAUCGUAAGGCGCAGCAGAUCCUGGCCAAUGUGCAGGCGCGCUUCAAUUCCGUGCAGGCCAAGUACGAGACGCACAUUGCGGAUCUGGAGACACAGGUGCUCAGUCUGCAGGAGAUCAACACGAAGCUGAACGAACAGAUCGAGUCGCAGGUGCGCACCCUGGAUCGCUUUAUGCAGAAGCGUGCCGACAGAUACUACAACAACUGCACCCAAACGGAUGCAGAGCUGGAGCUUGGCCAGCAGGGCACGGAGCAGAGCAAGGGCAUCGGCAGCGGCAGCGGCAGCGGCAGCGGCAGCAGCACCACCGGCACCCAGACGCUGGCGAGCAGCUCCUCGAUGCGGGAUCACAGCACAAACACCAUCGGCUGCCCCUCGCCCAGCGUCAGCUGCCAGCAGCAUCUGCUGCAUCAUCAGCAGCAGCUGCACUCGGCCGGCAGCAGCAGCACCAGCAGCACGGCCAACUCGACGCCCAACACGUCGCGGCCGAACUCGAAGCAGAGCGGCGCACAGCGGCGCAAUCCCUCGGCCGCCCUGGGCGUCUCCAAGCUGCCCAUCUCCCAGUCGGACUCCACAUUGUCGCUGCUCAGCCAUGGCCAUGGCCCAACUGGCGGCGGCGGUGCCGGCGGCCAGCCGCAGGACUCCCAGCUGCUUAGCUCGGUGCGCAGCAUGCGCAUCGAUUUGGCGCUGAAGAACAAGGCCAUGCAGCGGCUCACCCACGAGCUGGAUGACUGCAAGAAGACCAUACGGAAGCUGCAGCGCGAGCGGGAGAGGGAGAGAGAUCCAGCCGGAGGCGGUGGAGUGGGAGCAGCUGCUGUUACUUCAGGCUCUCGCUUGCAUGGGGCUGGCAUGUUGGCCAGCGGCGGCGCGGCACAGCGUCGUGGACACGAUCAUCAUCAUUAUCAUCAGCAUUAUCCGGAUCAUGUGCCGGCGACCACGGAAAAUCAGGCACUGAAGGAGGCGCAGAACAAAUUCCAUCUGCUCGAGGCGGACUACAAGACGUUGCAUGACAAGCGACUGCACGAUCUAAAGACGCUGCAAAGCGCCCACGAGCGAGAGCUGGCCUCGUGCAACGAGACGGUGCGCAUUUUACAGCAGCGUUUGAAUGAGCGCGAGGAGGCGUUCGCCACCCAGAAACGGCGCAAGGUCCCCGUCGAUUACUAUGCUCUGAAGGCCAAGGUCUCGCUGCUGGAGCGUCGUCACUCGGAGCGCGAGGAGCGGCUGCACAUGCUCGUCGAGGCGCUCAGCAAGGGGCGACUCAAUGGAGCACUCGAGGACCUAUUGCAGGAGAAUAACAACAAGUAGUAGAGCACAGUCUAAGCUCUGAAUAGCAACAGAAGGCGCAAGCAGAAACAGAAGUUGAUGCAGAAGCCGAACAAUAACCAGUUAUCGAUCAUGUUAUCGUUAUCGCUAUUGUGCGAUCAAAAAUCAAGCAAAUCAAAAUUCCAAACCUAUUUGUUUUAACAAAUUUGCCUUUGUGUUAAAUAUUGAUAAAUAUUUUUU